AUGGCUUCCAUUCAAACUGAAUCAGUUGAACAAGUUGAUAAUGUUCGCCUGAGAAUUUUGGUGGACAAAGAAAAGAACAAAGUUGUGUAUGCUGAGGCUGGGAAGGAUUUCGUUGAUGCUCUCUUCAGCUUCUUAACAUUGCCUUUAGGGACUAUUGCAAGAUUUGUGGCUAAGGACUCAAAUAUUGAAGCAGUGAAAUUUGGCAGCAUUAGCUCAUUGUAUCAAAGUGUGUCAAAUCUUGAUCAACAAUAUUUGUCCUCACUUACUUGCAAGGAAAUGCUACUGCAACCAAGAAACUCGAUGGAAGAUUACUGCCGACAGCUGAAACUGAAUAUAGACGACACUGAACGCUUGCAGUACUUUGUGUGCGAGAACUGGGAUUGUAGAAGAAAGGAAAAUGCUACUUUUAUCAUUUCUGAUGAUCUUUGUGUUAUGCCUAAUGUUUUUGGAGCAAGUUUAAAUCUACUUCAAAAGCUUGGAGUCGAGACUAUUGAUGCUAUUGAGGAACAAGCUGUUGACAUCAACAAGAAAGAGGUAGUUGAUCUUCUCAAGUUAUCAUUAAUCUCAAAGACCCCUUUGACCGAUUUUUUUUUACGAAAGAGCCAAUCUGUUGAUAAUUUGAAUCUAAGAAACAAUAUUGAGUUUCUGAUUGGAGACCUACCAUCCGAUGAGGAUAGACAAAUGUCUGUGAAAGUGACAUUAAGAAAAACAAAUGAACAAAUUCUGUUUGUUGAAGCAGGAGAUGAUUUUAUUGACUUUGUUUUUAGUUUUCUAACAUUUCCCUUAGGAGGAGUGUUGCAUAUGCUUCAAGGAUUUUCGUCUUUAAGCAGCAUUGAUAACUUGUACAAGAGCUUUUCUGAUUUGAGUCCGGACAUAUAUUUAAUGUCAGAGGGACUCAAGGACAAACUAUGUAAGCCUCUCAUUGCCCCACAAUUUGAACUCAAGAACCCGAUAUUACCAAUUGGCGCUGCUUUCUUACCUGUGAAUUAUUGUCAUACUUACUAUGAUUACACAAGAAUGAGGUAUACCGACCUUACAAAAGAAAUGGUGUAUUCUAACUAUAAUAGAAUUCAUGAAGAAAAGCAUGUACCAUUUAAAGUGGUUGAUCCCAAGUCUUCUAAUGCAAAAUCAUCAUAUGCCAAAGGACCAUCAAUGUAUAUGGUGACAGACGACUUGUGUGUGAGUCCAAUGUCGUCCAUUUCUACUAUGUCACUUCUAAAAAGAUCAAAAGUCCCACUAUCUGAUUUGGAGGAAAGAGUUAUCAAAAUUGGUGUCAAGGAGGGUCUCAGCAUACUUAAAGCUUCACUGACCUCAGCUUCUGCUUUGACAAAUGGUCUCAACCAACUUAUAAGAACUGUUAAGGACAUACAGGUCUCAACUUCUGCCUUUUCUGCUCCUGAAGAUGGGGCUGGACCAGAAUCUAACUUUGAGGCAUUAGGCAUAAAUAAUGCUUCAAGUUUGAGCGUUCAGCUUCCAGAUUGUUCGAGUGGUACUCAAGUUUUGCAAGUUCCAACAGCCACUUUGGUGGAAGAAUUGCCCCUGCCCCCUAAAAUACAGGAGAAAGAGAACAAGACUCCUGCAUUGGCUUUGCGAAGAUCAACUAGGAAACGCAAAGCUAGCGAUAAUGCUUGA